AUUAGCCACGCCCCCACCAGAGCAAAGCCCCGCCCCCGUGCGCGGCGGAAGUCUCGCGAGAAGCGGCGCGAUGUGCGGGGGCUGCGUGGGCACGGAAUACCCCGAGCGGGGCACCACGUGCCUGGAGGGCGGCUCCUUCCUCCUUAACUUCGUGGGGUGCGCGCGGUGCGGCCGCCGGGACUUCGUACUGCUGGGCAACCGCGCCGCCGGCCUGCACGGCGACGAUGAGAUCAUCACCUACGACCACCUGUGCAAGAACUGUCACCACCUGAUUGCGCGCCACGAGUACACCUUCAGCGUGGUGGACGACUACCAGGAGUACACCAUGCUGUGCCUGCUAUGCGGCCGCGCCGAGGACUCGGUCAGCAUCCUGCCUGACGACCCACGUCAGAUGACCCCACUCUUCUGAAGGCAGUUUGUAACUCUGGGUGGGGGGAGCUUCAGCCCUGACCUGAGACUGCUUUGUGCUGAAGAAAAG